UCCAAUAGAAAAGAAAAGAAGAAGAAAACUUGAGAGAGAAGCAGUGGCAAUAAUGGUUCCACACACUCCAUGAAACAAAGAAUACAAGUUAAGUUACAAGGUUGAAUUCCCCAACACUCUGUGUGCUUGUGUGUUUGACGUACAAGUGAAUGGUUUUGCUUGCCAUCUACUGCACUGUACUCUCGUUCAUUCUCCUAAUCCAAGAAGCACCAUAAAACUUAUGAAUAUAUUGGUGUUGAGGGAAUGCAGCAGCGUUGAGUUGGCAUCAUGAAUGUGAAUGAGCAUCAUCACCGCAGAGGUCACAGCUUCAAUGGAAUUGCUAUUUCCCAAGAAAAUCUCCAUCUCUUCUCCAACACUCCUUCUUCCAAUGUUUCAGGGAAACUGGUGAGACUCUCAGUUGAAUCAGCCAAACUGGCCAGAAGCGGGAUUGAUGAUCUAUUGUCAUCCACGGAAGGAGGAAAACAUGAUUAUGAUUGGCUUCUCACUCCCCCGGGUACCCCUGAUUUUCCAUCAUCAGAAGGUGAAUCCCAACCAACCUUGGCGCCUUCAAGAAGCAGUUUGGGUAGAUUACCUUCAAACACUAAUGCCUCCUCAAGGGUUUCAGUCUCACAAUCAGAGAACAACAAUCACUCUAGACCAACAAGAAGCAGUUCAGUGACUCGCUCUUCCAUCUCUAGUUCACAGCAAAGAUCCUCCACCAUUCCUAACAAAAGCUCUGCUUCAGUUCCAUUUAACAAUAGGCCAUCUUCCCCCAUAACUCGUUCUCCAUCAGCAAUAAAGCCUUCCACUCCAUCAAGACCCUCAACACCAUCAAGAGUACGCUCAGUUCCAACUAUCUCAUCAGCUGAUAGAAGUAAACCAUCACAACAAGGUUCAAGGUCAUCAACUCCUAGUUCUACUUCUAAGCCACACAUUCCUCCCAACUUACAUUCCCCAUCUUCUCGUUCACUUUCAAGGCCUUCUACUCCAACUCGUCGCCAUUCAAUGCCAUCUCCAUCCCCAACAACUACUUCUUCAACUUCAGCAAGACAUGUUGCAUCAUUCAAUGGCCGUAAUUCAGCACCAAUAUCACGGCCAAGCUCACCGGGGCCACGACUCCGGCCGCCACCCCAGCCAAUUAUUCCACCUGAUUUUCCCCUUGAAACACCACCAAACCUUAGAACAACACUACCUGAUAGACCAGUUUCUGCAGGUAGGUCCCGUCCUGUUCCUAGUCCUGUUACUUUGAAGGCAAACACUGAAACACAAGCUUCGGUUACUAUGUCAAGGAGACAGUCAUCUCCUGUUAUCUAUAAGGGUAGAUUAUCAGAAUACACAGGAAAAGGCCGUGGCCAUAUCAAUGCCAAUGAGGUAGUUGCACGGAAAUCUGUUAAGUCUUCAACUACUGCUACGGAUAACAAUGGAUUUGGGAGGACCAUCUCAAAGAAAUCCUUGGAUAUGGCUAUUAGACACAUGGAUAUAAGGAACAGCUCAGGAACAGUGCGUUCACUUUCAAGCGCUACACUGUUUCCUCAGAGUAUUCGAAGUUCAACUCCAAAGGCUCAACAUAGUCGAGGUUUGAGUGCUCCAGCGUCAGUGCAGAUUAACGGAAGCAGAAAAAUUGGAGCAAGUUUUGACGUUGGAAAUGAGAUUAAUAGGAUAAAUGGAAGAGAGAAUGAUGAAAGAAAACACAUUGGAAAAUUGAGUGAAGUUGAUAUGUACGAGAGUUGUCGAUACGAUGCACUAUUGCUUAAAGAAGACUUGAAGAACACAAACUGGCUGCGUAGUGUUGAUGAUAAAUGUGAUGAAGGACCUAUCUUUGAUAAUGGAUUUGAGUCACUGCCAGAACCAUUUGGCUUCUUAUAG